AUGGCUUCUUCUAUCCUCCGUUUCCUGCUUCUCACCGCUCUCUUUUUCCUUUCUGAGCCGACCUAUCGACCUCCCAAGCCAAAUCUCCUGGUUUUGCCGGUGCAAAAAGAUGCUUCUACGGGUCUUCACUGGGCCUAUGUCCACAAGAGAACCCCUCUGGUUCGGGUCCCAGUUCUGGUGGACCUUAACGGCAGGUUCUUGUGGGUGAACUGUGACCAACACUACUUAUCCUCCACGUACACAGCCCCCUUCUGCCACUCCACCCUCUGCUCUCGGGCCAACACCCACUCAUGUUACUCCUGCGCCUCCGCUUCUAGACCCGGCUGCCACAACAACACCUGCGGCCUCAUGUCCUUCAACCCUGUCACUCUCCAAUCUGGCGUCGCCGAGCUCGCCCAAGACAUUCUCGCCAUUCAAGCUCAGCCCACAUCUCCUCCCUCCAAACUCGCUUCCAUGGUCACCGUCCCUCAGUUCCUGUUCGCUUGCGCACCCUCCUUCCUGCUCCACAAAGGCCUGCCCAGUAUCGUUCAAGGCGUUGCUGGACUGGGACACGAAGCCAUUUCUUUCCCGCUUCAACUUGCCUCCCACUUUGGGUUGCAGCGCAGAUUCACCAUGUGCCUCUCAGGCGAUCCCAACUCAAACGGGUUUAUAUUCUUCGGCGAACAACCAAAUCUCUUACGUCCUCACUUGGAUAUUUCCCGUGAUUUGGUUUACACCCCACUCACGGUUACCCCAAAAGGAGAGUACCAUGUCCGAGUCACGUCCAUAAAAGUGAACAACCAGGUCGUGGUCCCAGUGAACCCAUCUCUCGUAUCAGAACUCAUCGCAAGCAGUACCAGACGCGGUCUCGGAGGAACUAUGAUUACGACGGCGUCGCCUUUUACAGUCCUGCAACGCUCAAUAUUCGAAGCUCUUGUUCAAGUAUACGCCAAUCAAAUUCCAAAACAAGCACAGGUGAAGGCGGUGGAACCAUUCGGGUUAUGCAUGGACUGGAAGAAGAUCAACAAGGCUCCAGACGUGGAGCUAGUGCUGAGCAGGGCCAGUGCGGCGUGGAGAAUAAGUGGAGAGAAUUUGAUGGUGGAGGCGAGACCGGGCGUGAGGUGUCUAGGGUUGGUGAAUGGAGGAGACAAGCCUAGAGCUGCUAUUGCCCUGGGGGCACGUCAGUUGCAAGAGAACCUUGUGGUGUUUGAUCUGGCUCGCUCCAUGCUGGGGUUUAGCCCGCCCUUGCUCUCUCGCGGUACUAGAUGUGCCGCCUACAACUUCACCACUCCUCCAUAG